AUGAGAAUUGGGCAGCCAAAAUUAGAAACAGAGGAGACCGCUGAAUCACAUUCCCUGCUUGUUCAUCUUCCUGGUUAUGCAGAGGAUGAUAUAGGUGCUGAAUUUGAGUAUGAUUAUAGAAGAGUUAGGGUUUUUGGUAGACGAUCACUUGGAGAUAAUAGAUCAAUCCGCUUCAACAUUGCAUAUGCAGUUCCUAUGAAUUGUGACGUGAACAAGCUAAAGGGUGUGUUCCAAGGAGAAAUGUUUAGCAUUAUAAUGCCAAAGGUAACCAUACCAAGGAAAAUGCAAGGUCAAAUAAUGACAACCUGUGAGGAGCCAAAAUCAAUAGUUGAGAGUCAAAUACAAGCUAACGAGGCUUUAACUUCACCAAAAAGUGAUUCUGUUCCUCAAAAGGGUGAAGGAGUUUCACAAGAUGCCAAGAAUCAAAGAGAAGUGAGUUUUGAAAGCAGUGAAAAGAAAAGGGUUGAAAGGAAAGAAACAAAGGAUGAAAGUGAAAAUGAUUCUGUAUCAGGAAAACCACCCCAGAAAGGAAAAAAUGAAGGUGUCAUGGAUGAGACAAGUUCCAUCACAAGGAGUGGUAAACUUGGUGAUAUUGAAUGUAAAAUUGGUGAGAGAAAGGGCAAAGAAAAAGUGGAAAUGAAUAGUAAAAUUGGUGAUAUUGGAUCAUCAGAAAGGAUUGGGAUAAAGGAGGUGGCUGCUACUGCUUCACAAGCUGUGACAAGUAUGAUAAAAGGGUUCAAUGAAGAAGAUAAGCAUGUGCUACUGUAUACUAGUGUAACGGUUCUGGUUUUGGCACUGGGGGUUUAUGCCUCGUACAAGCUUCGUUCUUUAGCUAAAUAA